GCACAGUUGACAAAGAAUGUAAUGUGCAUGCGUUAGUGGGAGGGAUUAUCCACCAAGUAGGGCAAGUGUCUGAGGCUAAGGACGGCGAUUCCAUCCAGCCGAGUUCAUUUCAGUCAUCCGGCUCGCCGCGCAAACGGAACCACAAUUCGGCGCAGUUUAUUCGUCGCAGCCACCACUUUUUUUUUUUUUAAAGAAAAAAAUAAAUAAACUAAUAAAUAUGGUGAAGUACACACGACAGCACGACGAGCUGAAAGCUGAAGAGGUCCUGUCCGAGUCGGACGCGUCCGUGGACCAGCAGGAUUUCACGGAGAUGUCCGACUGCUCGUUCGACGACGUUCUGUACGACAAAUGUCCUGCAAUGGACCGAAUCGGCACUUUUAUGAAGAACGUGCAAGUGCUGCUCGACGCUGCCAGCUACAUAGAAAAUAUCGAGAAAAACAGCGGAAAAUGUGAGCAUGGGUAUGCUUCAACGUACCCUUCUACCCAGAAUGCACUUCAACAGAAACAGCGUAAACUGAAGACUAGGAAAAUGGACAAUAUUCUCAACAGAUCAGCGCACAAUGAACUGGAAAAAAACAGACGAGCACAUCUCCGCUUGUGUUUGGAGAGGUUAAAGUCCCUCAUCCCUCUGGGACCAGACUGCAGUCGGCACACCACGCUGGGACUGCUCAACAAGGCCAAAGCACAUAUCAAGAAACUUGAAGAGGUGGACCGGAGGAGCCAGCACCAGCUGGAGACCCUGGAGAGGGAGCAGAGGCACCUGCAGAGGCAGCUAGCUCAGCUGCAAACACUCGGAGAAAGGGAACGGGUCCGUAUGGACAGCCUUGGGUCCCGGAUGGACUCUGACCGUUCAGAGUCCGACAGAGAGGAGAUUGAAAUCGAUGUGGAAAGCACCGAGUUCUCCCAUGGAGAAAUGGACAGCAUAAGCACCAGUGGUGCAAGUGACCUGGACGACCACAGCAGCCGACAGAGUUCGGCCAGUGACGAGGGCUACUCGACUUGCAGCUUGAAACCGGCCUUCUCCGCUUGAAGCUGUGGCCGACACUCAACUUCAGCUUCUUUUCCAGCGUCCACCUCUCAAAAGUACCAGCCUACGUCUCCACGUGCCCCUCACAAUUUAGGUUAAGUCUUCAAAAGAACAACCAGCCUGCAUCACCUUUACCAGUCAAACUUCUACCCUUCACCCAAGAACCAGCCUUAAGUUCAGCUCAGUCUAAAAGUCAAAACCAUCCGGGCAUCUACAUUAAUCUGAAGCGCUUUACAUUAGGCAUCUUCUCCAGCAAUAAAAGUUCCUCAACAUUAAAUCAGCUAGAUGUUGCAUUCCACCCCGUUACCAAGUUGAAUACACUUCACAUAGUGUUCAAUAUUCAGAUCUUGUAGGGGACUCCUGAAGGAUAAGUUCACCUUUUUCUUUUCUUACAAUUUGAAUCAUAUUAAAAUGUUAGCAGAUCAAGUUUAAGUGCUCUAAUCACCUUUGAUAACUGCUUUAUGGGGAAAACCCUUGUCUUUUAAAAAAGUUGCUAAAACACAGUGUCAAUAGGGCAACUACUGUAGAUCUCUAAUUCAAGACAUUUUUUUAAAACUAUAAAGGUCCAUGUGAGCUAAUCAUGAACACUUUUUUUUUUUCUUUUCAGCACGUUGCUGGUGAUACUAUUUAUAUGCAUUUUAGCAACUCGUCAAAUUUUGAUCAAAAAGGCACGUACAUUUGGCCUGUGGAUGGGAAGAAUUAAGUUAAAUUUGAUUAGCAUAAAUCAAUGAUUUGGCACUAUGCUAAUAUUGAACAAGAGCUAUUUUUAGGGAAAUUUGUUUAUUAUAUUUUGUUUGUGAAUUUAACUGUUUAAAUACGUGAUACAUUUUCUCUACAUGCCUGGUACUUUGAACUGUGAGUGUGACAUCACAGUCAGCAGUUCUGUUCACACUCCUUGAAAUAAGUAAGUCCCUUUGGCUGUUCCUUUGUUUCCACUCGGGGUCACCACAGCUGGUAUGAGGUGGAUCUGCCUGUUGAUUUGGCACGUUUUACACCGGAUGCCCUUUGACACAAAUCCAUAUUACAUGGAGAAUGGGCAGGGGUGAGUAAUUACAAAUAUUUGUUGUGAAUGAAGCAAUUGUCAAAGGUGCUUCAAAUUUUUUUUUAAGUGAACUUAUCUAAUAUCUAACACUGAAAGGGAAACCGUACCUUCCAAGUUGGUCCUCCAAAACCAGUAAAAAAAAAAAAAAAAAGGAAUUUAGAUGCGGUAAACGUAAAAAUAUCAGCUACAAGCUCAUUGUGGAGGAAUCUCGUUCCAUUUGCCUUGUGAAGACGUUGCCCUUUUUCCUUGGAUAACCACUGAAACUGAAUAUCCGAAUAGCACUUCUUGUCAGAGUACAAGCUAGGGGCAAGGGCUACGAAGUCUGCAUUCCAAAAUGUGUUACACAACCACAAGCUCUGCUUUAGGACCCACAGCCAUCCUCAAUCCUCGUGGCUGAAAUCCAGUCGUAUCCAAACAGGUGGCAUAAAUCCACCAUUGUUAUAAUUUAUUUUGCUUAUAGUUAUAGUAUUUAUUUUUGGUAUAUAUAAGUGUACUGUAGAUCUUGGUCAUGCUUGAAUUAAACAAAAAAAAACUGUUUCCAAAUUUACUAAUUCCCAAUGAAACCGAAUGCAGUGCUAUAGGUGUAAGGAUUAUUGAAAGUUGUUUUGUAGGGGGGAACAAAAAGUAAUUCCAUUUAAUUUUACUUAGGCAGUAAUAAGCUAUCCUGCACUUGUCCGAGCACAAGGCUUAAGCAAUAACACAACUAGUUUCAUAUUUAGUGUUGGCUGUUUACCCAAUAUUCUGUGCGUCUGACCCCAAACUGCAUUUUGCUAGUUUUCCACUUGCUGCAGUCAUGGUGUUAAUUAAUAAUCAACAACUAAAAUGAUUGUAAUUGUUUUUUUCUUUAAGCUAUGGUGCAUGUGUAUUGAAUGUAGCCUUUCUAAUCAUGUAAUGUGCUUAUUGACAAGUCUCAAAAAUGUCUAGCAUGAACGACACUACAGAGAAUAUACUUACUGUUGAUACUGUAUCUUUUUGUACCAUAAUAGAAAAAAGUACAAGUUUCUAUCAUUUGGAUGAAGACUUCCCACUGAUGUCUGACAGAAUUGCACUGCUCCGCUUUUCUAAUCCAUGAAACCAAAUAAGACAUUUCAAUGAAUUUAUCUUUGUUUUGCUGGUACAAGUCCUAAGUAGCUCACCACCAAAUUGUGUCUUAACAUGGGUAAAUAGACUCGUGCACAAAUUCCUUGUUACAGAUCUUAUCUUCUUUUUCCAAUGUUGGGGGAAACUAAAAUGCACUAUGAAAUGAGACUUUCGUUAUGUUAAAGCACACCCCAGAAUGUUCUCUCUUGCGGUUAAUCAGCCAUUUUUUUUUUUUUUUUUUGAACAUGCUGCUGGUCCCCUGCUCAUAGUUUACCGAUCUUGAUAAUGUCCCUAGAACCUUAAUAAACCUUUACCUCCCUA